AUGAUUAUGAGACCUGCCAUGAGAUAUUUGCCUACCCGUCUCGCCAGUAGUGUGGGUGUGAGAAAUGCCACCCUGGCGAACUUUUCUAGGCCGGUCGUUGGCUUCAGAUAUUAUUCUGACGCCGCUAAAGACGCUGGCGCCGAGGCAUCGAAAACCGAGACUACUCAAGAAUCUCUAAGUGAAGACCAACUGAAAAUACAAGAGUUGGAAAAGAAAUUGGUAGCGAAGGACAAGGAAAGUGCCGAGUACAAAGACCGUCUGCUAAGAUCCGUUGCCGACUUUAGAAACUUGCAAGAAGUAACCAAGAAGGACGUCCAGAAGGCCAAAGACUAUUCCUUGCAGAAGUUCGCCAAGGACUUGCUGGACUCAGUCGACAACUUCGGCCACGCUUUGCAGGCUUUCAAGCCAGAAACCGUUGAGGCGUCAACCGAGAUUUCAGACCUUUACACCGGUGUCAAAAUGACCCGCGAUGUGUUUGAAAAAACCCUCAAGAAACAUGGCAUUGAGAAGCUUGACCCCAUGGGCGAAACUUUCGAUCCAAACAAGCACGAGGCCACCUUCGAGCUUCCUGACCCUCAAAAGGAACCUGGCACCGUCUUUCACGUCCAGCAAGUGGGCUUCACCUUGAACGAUAGAGUGAUCAGACCUGCUAAAGUCGGCAUUGUCAAGGAUCCUUCCAACUAG